UUGAGACUAAAAUCUCGAGGUGCGUGCUCUUUGUGCGCAGGGCGGUCGCUGAGUGUGGAUUUGGCCCAGGCUCUGAUCACAGCUUGUCCUCUUCCCUUAAAUGGGGUUGUUUGUGAAAGUUGCUGGUCGCCCAGAGGCAUCUUAAUUCGAAGCACAUUGGUAAAGCGUCUGGCCAAAAAAAGGAGAGGCGGUGGGCGUACACUGGAGCUCUUAAUCCGCGAGGGAGACUGGAAAAGUGAGCCAAGUUAGCUCCCGAAGCCAGAGCGGGAGGAACUUCCUUUUAUAAAAGUCCCAAGCGAGAUGGAGAUGCUUAGACGGUCUUCUGUCUUUGCAGCUGAGGUGAUGGAAGUGUUUGACCGCUCCCCACCCGAUAAAGAGCUAAUUUCUCAAGCUAAAGCCCUCUGUCGAGAUUACAUCCACUCCCGCCUGAUCCGAGCUGGCAUUGUUUGGAGUAAACCAGACCCUCUGGCUGCUGGCCCUACAAGCAAACUCACUGAGGUGUCCUCAGCACUCCUCCAUUUGGGUGAUGAAUUAGAGUACAUCAGACCGAACGUCUACAGGAAUAUUGCCAAACAACUGAAUAUCUCCGUCACUUCUGAAAGCAUCGUGUCAGAUGCAUUCCUGGCAGUUGCGACUGAGCUUUUCUCUGCAGGUAUAACCUGGGGGAAGGUGGUGGCCCUGUAUGCUGUAGCUGGUGGAUUAGCCAUUGACUGUGUGAAGCAAGGACAGCAUGCAAUGGUGCACACUAUUGUUGAUUGCUUGGGAGAGUUUGUCCGGAAAACACUGGUGACGUGGCUGAGGAGACGGGGUGGAUGGAUUGAUAUUACAAAGAUUGUGGUCAACAAUGAUCCCAGUAUUCAUGAUCAUUGGCUCGUCUCUGCCAUCUGUACCUGUGGACGUUUCCUCAAAGCCAUCUUCUUCUUCUUACUGCGAGAGCGAUGACUCCAGCUGAAAGAUGUGGUCAAAGUUAACUUGCUUUAUUUAACGCAAUACUAAACACUGCACAGCUGAACUCACAGCCUUGACUGAAAGGAAUUUUUCUGAACUUGCUGGACCGGAAUAUGAAUCAUUUGAGUUAUUAGACAAAGAGGGGAACACUGUCUUAAAAAAAUGGUGCAGGGGAGGAUGAGGUAGAUCAAGAGAUUCAGAUUCCCAUCCACAACAGCGGUCAAAUGAAAACUCAGCAUAGACUAUACUGAAUGAGGUAGAGUUUUAAAAUGCUACCGUUACGGUGGUUUCAUUGUAGAGUCUACAGAUUGGCUGCAUAGGAGUGAAUUUGCUGGUGUUACAGAAAUCCAACCUGAAGCCAGUCUAAAAUUCAAGACGGAGCUAGAGUCCUGAUUAGCAAACAGUCGACAGAAUUCUGGGAAGACUCUUUUACUUUUUACUCUGUUCUUAUUGUGAUGAGUUUUGCAGUGUUAUAGGGGGAAGAAAAGUAAUUCUACUAUUUUACUGUUCACAGAUACAUUGUUAUUAGCUACACUCUGUGUAUAGUUUAUUUUUUUUCAUGCAAAGAUUUAUCUAUGCUGAUGUCUGCAGUGUAGUUUCUUUCCAGCACAAGAUGUCUCAAUUUCAGGGACUACUGUUUUUGUUCUUGAUUGCUUUCUGCUUUAUAAAGUUAUUUCCUAAAAAUCCCAAA